CUGAUUUAUUUGACAAUUAGUAAUGAAGACUUGUUCCUUUUACUUAUUUCAUAUUAUUUACUUGUCAAAUAAAGAUUCGCUUAAAUUUAAACAACCUAUUGCAAAAUAAGUUAUAAGAAACCAAUACAGAUGAUGGAAUAAGAAAUUAUUUAAAAUGGGAUUUGUAGGUCUUGUUUUUCCAAAAAAAUCUUGAACCACCGGAUAUGACCUCCCCCUUCACUUACAGACCAGCCGCCACUGACUCACACUGGAGAAAGUCCUUACAAGUGUAAUAUUUGUUUGAAGCAGUUUACUCAUGCAAGUAAUUGGAGAAGACAUUUGAGAACACACACUGGAGAAAAGUCUUACACGUGUCAUAUUUGUGUGAAACAGUUUACUCAAGCCAGUAGUUUGAAAUCACACAUGGUGACUCAUACUGGAGAAAACCUCAUAGAUGUGAAAUUUGUGUGAAACAGCUUAUUGAUGCAAAAGAAAAUCCUUACAAGUGUGAUACUUGUUUGAAGCAGUUUCCUCGAGCCAGUAGUUUGAAAUCACACAUGGUGACUCAUACUGGAGAAAAGCCUUACAAGUGCGAGAUUUGUCUUAAACAGUUUACUCAUGCCAGUAGUUUGAAAUCACACGUAAUGACUCACACUGGAGAAAAGCCUUACAAGUGCAAACUUUGUUUUAAGCAGUUUACUCAGGCUGGUCAUUUGAAAUCACAUAUGAUGACUCACACUAGAGAUAAGCCUCACAAGUGUGAAAUUUGUUUGAAGCAGUUUACUCAAGCCAGUAGUUUGAAAUCACACAUGAUGAUUCACACUGGAGGAAAUCAUUACAAGUGCGAGAUUUGUCUUAAGCAAUUUACUCAAGCCGGUCAUUUUAAGUCACAUAUGAUUAUUCACACUGGAGAAAAGCCUUAUAAGUGUGAUAUUUGUUUUAAGAAGUUUACUAAAACCAAUCAUUUGAAAUCACAUAUGAUGACUCACACUGGAGAAAAGCCUUACAUGUGCAAAAUUUGUUUUAAGCAGUUUACUCAGGCUGAUCAUUUGAAAUCACAUAUGAUGACUCACACUGGACAUAAGCCUUACGUGUGCGAGAUUUGCCUUAAACAGUUUACUCAUGCCAGUAGUUUGAAAUCACACAUGAUGACACACACUGGGGAAAAGCCUUAUAAGUGUGAUAUUUGUUUUAAGAAGUUUACUCAAUGCGGUCCUUUGAAAUCACACAAGGUGACUCACACUGGAGAAAGUCCUUACAAGUGUGAUAUUUGUUUGAAGCAGUUUACUGAUGUAAGUAAUUUGAGAAGACAUUUGAAAAUACACACUGGAGAAAAGCCUUACAAGUGUGAUAUUUGUUCUAAGCAGUUUACUCAAGCCAGUAGUUUGAAAUCACACAUCGUCGGUCUAAGAUGCAAAUUGCCUAAGUCACAAAUUGAAAAUUUUACAGGAGAACUUUGGAACUUGCCUAUGUCCAAAAGACAACAAAAAUAAUAUAACUGAAAAUUGCCUAAGUCCAUGCAAUACAUAUUUGACCAAAAUUAAUUAAACAAAAUAUUUACACAAACUUAAAAAAAAUGGACUUAGGCAAUUUGCAUCUUAGACCGACGACAUGAUGGUUCACACUGGAGGAAAUCCUUACAAGUGCGAGAUUUGUCUUUAGCAAUUUACUCAAGCCGGUCAUUUUAAAUCACAUAUCAUGACUCACACUGGAGAAAAGCCUUACAAGUGCGAGAUUUGUCUUAAGCAGUUUACUCAUGCCACUAGUUUGAAAUCACACAUGAUGACUCGCACUGGACAAAAGCCUUACAAGUGUAAAAUUUGUUUUAAACAGUUUAUUCAAGCCAAUAUUUUGAAAUCACACAUGAUGACUCAUACUGGAGAAAAGCCUAACAAGUGCAAAAUUUGUUUUAAGCAUUUUACUCAAGCCAGUAUUUUGAAAUCACAUAUGAUGACUCACACCAGUGGCGGUUAUCCCUUUAGGUCAAUUGGUCAAUGGCCUGUAAUAAUUGUACAAUCAAACGAUUAUAAUGUAAUUAUUUCCUUAAAAAAAAAGAAAAUUUUCUGUAUUAAAAAUGUUCGGAAUACAAUAGUAUCGUUCAAAGUUAAAUUUUGCUUUUAUUGUAUUGACAUUUCAGUCAUUUUGUUGUUGUAAAAUAUAGCGACAAAGAUGCCGCCAAAAGAUUACCGAUAAAUAAACAUGAAAUACGAGCUGUUUGACAGUACCGAAAAGCCAAAUUUAUCUUUUACUGAAACUACCGCAAUAUUACUCUUAAACAGCUAAAUACGAACAUUCACGAUGGUCAAGAAAUUUAUUUGACCUCACUGUGAGAAUACAGCACUGGGAUUCCGAACGUUCACGAAAAUGCUCUCUUAUAUGCAAGUUGGUACCAUCGUGGUCAUUGACCGUAGACCGUAGAUCUACGGUUGAGACGUGACUAUCUAUGCAGGGAGUAAGAUUAGUUCGGAAUUUACAAAGUUAAGUGCGUUCGUGAGAUUAGUAUUAUUUUAUUAUAGAUUUUUAUAAAAUGUCUGUAGUGGUUAGUAUAAAUGAACUCCAACGCCAAAUGAAAUUAAAUUGAAGAAGAAUCGAUUUACUUUUUAAAUCCGCAUAAAAAUGUAAGUUUUUAUUUAUUUUAGGUUUUGAGUUUAAGUAGUUUGUUGAUAUUCUGGCUGUUAUAAUUACAUAUUAU